AUGGGUCGUGAUGAGUACAAGCAGACCCUGGAAUGGAUUGACUUUUCGGAAAGAAAUGCAGCAAAAUCGCGUGUUCGCGCACAUGUGGUCAGCGAACGACGUCGUCGUUUAUCCUGGGAAGAGGGAAGGAUGAUGAGGGCCUUGAGAGAGAGGUCAAGAACCGGAAAGCCACCUGUUCAUGGUGACUUGCCUCAUUCGAAACCUGCAGCCUUACAGCCCCUUCCUGCUCAGUUAUCCAUGUCGCACCAGGAAUGGCUUUCGUCUGGGUUUCUAGGUGUCUUGAUCAAGUACGAUGUGACUGGACAAGGUCUCGAGGCAUAUGCCACCUACCUACCAGAUAUUGUCCGUCUAGUAGGCACCAACAGUGCUCUCGAUGAUGCCGUGGCAGUCUUCAGCACGUGUUACGCAGGAAGACCAGAUUCAAUAGAAACGAUACGUGCUUAUGGAAGAGCUUUACGUAGCCUUCGGGAAUGCCUUUCAAUACCUCAGCAGGCUUCGUCAACAGACACACUGUGCGCGGCGAUGCUGCUCGGUUUAUACGGAUCUCUCUUUCCUCGCAGCAGAUUAGGAGUUUUGAGCCACCACGAAGGAGUAUCGAAAAUCAUCGAGUACAGAGGACCAGGGCGACAUAGGACUGGGUUUGAGCAGCAACUGGUAAUUUCCCACUGGGCGGCGAAUAUUAUGUCUUCCUUAUUCCGAGGUCAAGGGUGCUAUCUGGAAAGUGAAAAAUGGAGGGAGAUAUUUUGUCCUACCUCUAUCCGACACAUCAAUCAAUUCGACCUGUUCUUAUGCCAGAUUUUCGAAGGCAUGACAACUCUACCGGGAACAUUGCGUGAUUUUCGUGCUCUGAAGAGAGCGAAUGGUCAUUCUAAAUUGCCAGGUCAUCUAAAAUCACGACUUGACAGCUACCAUGUCAUUUUGAACCGGAUUGGAUGCGUAGUCGAGGACCUACUUUCUCAAGGGAUCACUGCGACCACCGUCCCAUCCGUCAGAUUCCCUAGCAUAGUCGAUGAGAGUUUCAGCUUUCGAGAUCGAUCCACUGCUAUGCUUUACGUCUUACACUGGACUUUUUCGCUUGUGGUACAGGGUUUGAUAUACACAUGCAGCCCAUAUCCAACGACACCGCAAACGAGUGCUCAGAUAUAUGUUCGACGGAUAUACAUGUCCUAUGACUACGCGCGUUCUUUUCCUCCAUACUUUUCGUCGUACAUGUUGCUUCCGCUUGUCGCAGCUGUCGCCUUUGAUGAGAAUGACUCGAAGGCAUGGGUGAUGACGGCUAUUAAUGAUCUCUACAGUGAGAACUUUCAAGCAUCUUCCGAUGACUUUCCACUCAAUGCACAUCUGCUGGACAGUUUAAUUAGCUGCUUGAGAGUGUGA